CACGGUUUAAAGAAAAAGAAGAAGGAUAAACGUCGGAAUCCCUCUCUCUCUCUCUCUCUCCGAGCCUGGGUCGCCCUUCGAUUUCUCCAUAGAAAGGAAUUCUUCAUCUUCUCCAUCAUCUUCCCCUUCUCCAGUUCCACGAUAAUCAUUCUCCCUCUGUCCACUCAACUAGGGCAACGAUCGCCAUCGCUGCAGUUGGUGCCUCCAUUAGGAUCACCAGGAAUCGCGUCUUCAAGUCGCGUCCUCCGAUUCCUCACCUUCUCCGUCGCCGGCGAGAUCGAGAGACUUCAAAAGGAGGAUGGCCUCUUCCGGAGAUUCGUGGAUGAAAGAAUAUAAUGAUGCAGUAAAACUGGUUGAUGAGAUCAGUAGCAUGGUUGCUGAACGCAAUACAUUGCCCACAUCAGGACCUGAAAGCAUGCGUCAUGCAUCUGCUGUACGGAGAAAAAUUACCAUAUUGAACACUAGACUCGACAGCUUACAGAACAUUUUGACGAAGCCAUUCAGCAGGCCCAUAUCAGAGAAAGAGAUUAAUCGUCGCAAGGACUUGCUUUCAAAUUUGAGAACAAGAGUGAACCAGAUGGAUUCCACCUUGAAAAUGUCACAGGCUGCUAACAGGGAUAGCUUGCUUGGGCCAGAGAUAAAGCCGGCGGACGCCAUGAGCAGGACUGUGGGGUUGGACAAUCAAGGAAUCGUGGUUCUUCAGCGACAAAUUAUGAGAGAACAAGACGAAGGUCUUGAGAAACUGGAGGAGACAGUAGUAAGCACAAAACAUAUUGCAUUGGCAGUGAACGAGGAACUCGACUUGCAUACUAGACUAAUUGAUAACUUGGAUCAACAUGUGGAUGUUACGGAUUCUCGUCUUCGGAGAGUGCAGAAGAACCUGGCAAUUUUGAACAAGCGCACCAAGGGAGGCUGCACCUGCAUGUGCAUGAUUUUGUCUGUUAUCGGGAUCGUGAUUUUGGUCGUGGCUAUAUAUUUGUUGAUCAAAUACCUGUAAAUUGAACAACUGAGAAGCGACUAAUUUCGCCUGAGCGUGGUUUGAAUCUGGCCAUGGUGGACAUUCUUUUUUUCUUCUGUCUGGGUGUGUUCCACUGUUUGUUGUCUUUGUCCUGCGAAUUGAAUCUGUUGUGUAAAGUGUGGGCGGCUCCAUAUGGCUGAUUGUGAAUCCAACCUUCUCUGUUCAGCAAACGAGGCAGUUCAGAGUUCUGAACCUUUUUCA